AUGUCAGAUGCGCGUCAGCGAACCAUUCUCAAGGUCUUUCGUAAAUUCAGCAAUUCCCUGGGGCCGGACACCUUGGACUUCUUGGAGCAAAUUUUGGAUGCACAUGAAAUCCAGGAUAUCGAUGUUGAGUCGUCGAUCGAGACUCUUGCCAAGGAAUAUAACAAGCAGGAUGAUGCAACAAUGAAGGUCUCGAUCGAAGUCCUACAGAAAGUUUAUGAAAGACUUCAGGAUCAAGGUCAAAGUCAAGUAGAAGCAGAAGCUCUUGACCCGGACAGUCAUCUCCAUUUCAUCAACGCCUUUGAAAUGCCUAGUUGGCAUUGGUCUAUCGAACGUGGAACAUUUGAAAAAGCUGCCGUCCCGCCUACUAUGUCAGGCUCUGCUGAUUCGCGUGUAUCCGCGGUCCGAGAUCGCUUGAAUGUGAUCAAGCAAUGUGUCUUACGGAACGAACAUUUUGCACCCUCGACUCUUCCUUCGCGGGACAGGGAUCGUCUUGUCACACUCAAAUCGACGAAACAGUUGCUGGGCAGAGCAGGCGAACGGUUCUUACUCUUGGGAAUGCUUGCUCGCUCCAAAGAAGGAAAGCUAGUCCUAGAGGAUACUGAUGGAAGCGUCGAAUUGGAUUUCUCACAAUUGGAUGGACCAGGGGAUGGCCUCUUCACUGAGGGGUGCUUUGCUCUCGUUGAAGGAGAAUACACAGAUGAAAGCAAGCUGGAAAUCAUUGCCAUUGGUCAACCUCCUUGUGAGUCUAGACAGACUGCACGGUCAAUCUAUGGACAUAUUGACUUUCUUGGAAAGGCGUCUACAUCUCUACUAGAUGACGAAAAACUUUCCGUUCGUGUUCAAGAGGAACUUUCGGACCUACACUUUUUUUUCCUGUCAGACGUCUGGCUGGAUCACCCCUUCACCCUACCCGGCAUUAGGAAAAUGCUAGAUAAUUGCGUAGAGAAUGAUUUUAUUCCAAAAGUAAUCGUCCUGUGUGGUAAUUUCACAAGUGAAUCCAUCACUCAUGGCAAUGCGCGAGAUAUAAACCGCUACCAAGAUAAUUUUGACGCACUGGCCGAUCUCAUUGCCUCUUACACUUCCAUAACACGUACAACACAUUUUGUACUGGUACCUGGGCCGUUAGACCUAACGCUGAACGCAAUCUUGCCCCGACAGCCGAUAUUGUCUAGUCUGCUUUCGCGCAUAAGAUCGAAAAUUCCGAAAGUCCAUUUGGGGUCAAACCCUUGUCGCAUGAAGUUUUUCGACCAGGAGAUCGUCAUAUACAGAGAAGACUGCAUGGCCAAAAUGCUAAGAAAUGUGGUGGGUAUCGGCAUAAAACCAGACGUCAAUAGUGACGAUCUGAAGCGCUUCCUGGUACAAACCAUUUUAGAUCAAGCGCACCUAAGCCCUUUGACAAUCAACGUUCAGCCCACUCUAUCAGAGUACGAUCAUUCUCUUCGUUUGUAUCCAUUACCAACAGCGCUGGUCCUUGCAGACAAAUAUGACAGAUACAAAAUAACAUAUACCGGGUGUCAUGUAUUCAACCCAGGUAGCUUUGUUGGCAGCUCGUUUGUUUUUUCCACAUAUAAGCCUGCAGAAAUUAAUUCAGAGGAAUGGUAA